AAUUUUCCCAGUCCAGACGUGCUGAGGUGUUCUAAAAAUAUCCUGUGUGUCAUUUGUUUUUAAUAUUUGUGAGAACAUUGAACUUGAAGAGGACAAAGAAUAAGAUUUUUGACAAUAGACAGCUCGGAAGAAAGUUUAUAUCUACAAAACAAAAAUGCUUAAAAACAAGCUUUACCAAUAUGGCGACGACACUGGAAGAAUUCCCGCACACAUUCACUUUGGUAAAGAAGUUUUUGAUGCUAUGGUCAAAAACAAACGUAUUACAGCUUUGAUAAACGCAGACACGGGUGACCAAAUAUCUUACGAAGAGGUAGCUCAAAUGACAGCUGAUAUCGCUCUCUCCCUCACUCGUAUAGGAGUUAGAAAAGGAGAGGUAGUGUGCAUUUGCAGUGAGAAGAUAUUCGAAUAUUUACCUACUAUUAUUGGUAUAAUGUGCGCGGGAGCAACUUUCUCUCCUACCGAUCCAACUUAUGGUUGUUUUCCUCUCUUACAUAGACUCAAAAUAGUUCGACCUCGAAUCAUGUUUUGCUCCCGAAACGCCUUCAAAACUCAUAAAGCAGUUUUUGAAGAAGUUGGCAGUAUAGAAUAUUAUAUUCUUUAUGGGGAUGAAGAGGAACCUGGUACUUUGCUGUUUAAGGACUUCUUGACCGAGACCUGUAAGCUAGAAGACUUUCAACCAGUUCCCGUCAAUGGGUGGGAAGACGUGGCUUUCAUAGUAUACUCGUCGGGCACUACGGGUCUUCCGAAGGGUGUUCCUGUGACCCAUUUGGCAUACUGUCUGAACGCUCAGAAUAUAGUUCCGGAUGACUACACAGGCAUCGGCAUCUACAGUUCCCGAGAGUUCUACUACACAUACGGGCUGAUGUACGCACUGGCGUGUUUGCGAGUGGCAGCCACUAUUGUGUACAAUACUUCUGGUGGAGAGAAGGCUAUGCUGGAGGCUGUUCAGAAGUAUAAGUUAAAAAUCCUGCAACUAGCGCCGAUGAUAAUCACAGAAUUAAUUAAGUCGGCCAUAUUGGAUGAUUACGAUCUCUCCUCAGUGGAGUACGUGAUCUCUUCCAGUACUUAUAUUAGGGAGGAAGCAGUUAAUGAUAUUAAGAACAGAAUACCAAGUCUGAAAUCAGUGCUCCAGCUAUACGGAAUGUCUGAAGGUGGCAGCAUUUGUAACGAGCUGCUCUGCCACAAGGGUUCCAAGCCUGGCAGCUCUGGAGUACCUGGCUAUGGGUUUGUCAUCAAGACUCCUGAAAAAUAUAUGAAGACUUAUUAUUUCACCGGCAUCCCUGAACCUAUAGUAGCAGAGAGUCUAAAACCCGUCUAA